UGCGCAGAAGACGCGGAGGCGUGGGGCAGCAGCAGCGGAACUUUGAAGUUAAAGCGCAGCGAUCUCUCCAAAAGCUGGUUACUGUGGGGAGAUCAUCAUGGCCACUGCUGCAUCUGCUCCCCCUCCAUCCUCCUCCUCCUCAUCCUCCACCUCCAAGGGCAGCCUGAGAGAGGACCUGACCUGUGCCAUCUGCUGUGACCUGUUCCGGGACCCCGUCAUGCUGUCCUGCAUGCACCACUUCUGCAAACCCUGCAUCUCCAGGUACUGGAGGGGGACACAUGGACCCGUAACCUGCCCACAAUGCCGCAAGGAGUUCAGCUGCAAACAGUUCCAGACCAAUUACCUUGUGGCGGCCAUGGUGGAGAAGGUGCGCGCCACCACCUCAGAUGCUUACAGCAAGAACCUAGAGAAAAAGCUGAGAGAGACUUUGCAGAGCCACCAUCUGAGGAAGGAGGAUGUCAUCAGCAGUAUUCGCAGAGACAAAGACAAGAUGAAUGUCAUAAAGAGAGUUGGGGCAGAUCUACAGGCGCGUGUCAAGGGUGAAUUCAGAGCUCUCCAUCAGAUCCUGCAGGAUGAGGAAACCAGUAUGCUGGAACAACUGAGGAGAGAGCGGGAGGAGGAGCUGGAGAAGGUGCGGCGCCACCUGGAGGCGUCAGAGUUGGCUGUCCGGGAGCUGGAGGACAACAUGCGAGUGCUGCAGCAGUUCAGCACUGCUAUGGACAGCAUCAUGCCCGCUGAGCUCCCACAACUAAGACCCUUAGUUCAGGUGGAUAGCUACCUGGAUUUUGAUGUAAACGCCUUCAGCGACAAAUACUUGGCUCCCUUACAGUACAUCACGUGGAGAAAGAUGUUCAAAUCUCUGAAACCAGGUUCUCUUCCAUUAACGUUUGACGUUGACACAGCGCACCCCAGCAUUCACGUCUCCAGGGACAAAACCGUAGCCAUUGAGUGUGACGUCAUGACUCAACACACAAGCCACAACAAGCGCUUCUUGCAGUGUGUCAACAUUCUGGCCUCCCAGAGCUUCCAGUCGGGCCGGCACUACUGGGAGGUGGAAGUGGGCCCCAGCCCUAAGUGGGACCUGGGCGUGGCCUCCGAGGCGGUGGACCGGCACGCUCGGGUCAGGCUGAGCCCUGAAAGCGGCUACUGGACCCUGCGGCUGCGGAACGGGAGCGAGUACUCGGCAGGAACGCAGCCGUGGACGAGGCUGCAGCUCGGCUCCUCCCCACAGAGAAUCGGGGUUUACCUGGACUGCGAUGAGAGGAAGGUUUCCUUCUACGACGCAGACGACAUGACUCUGCUGUACACGUUUGCCAACGGGCCGAGAGGCAAGGUGUUCCCUUUCUUCAGUCCGUGCAUUAGUGACAGCAGACACAAACCCCAGCCCAUAAAACUCCUCCAUUACCCUCCCGUCGCUCUCUCUGGCUGACCGCAGACAUAUCAGAGCUCUCAUUUCAUGUAUUGAUGAAAGACUAUUGUCAUUUAGCUUAUAAAAGCUAGUGCUGGACUUUUAUGCUUCAUUAGUUUUUUUUUGACAAGUUUAAUUUAGCUUUUCUCAUACUUCUGUAUCUCAGCCUUAAAGGAUCGUUUAGUUUUGAAGGACCAAUGAAAUCAAUUAGAUGCUUUAUGAAACGAUGUAUUCAAAGUACAUCUCAUUCAACAAAUAUUUUCAUUCAUGUACAGAGUGGAUGUUUUGUAUAAUUAUCUCUCAUCAAGGCAUCUGUAACCUCACCUUUAGAGGCAUUUUCUGAUCACCUUUGAGUUUAAACAGCAUGAGGGAACAGCGUGUUCUACUGUAGAUUUUUAUGAUUGAUUUUAUGGUUCAUUGUGUUUUAUAUAUGAGUGAGACGGUUUGGACUGUAAAGCUCUCUGCUGGAUGCGAUUCCUGCCGAAGAGACAUUAAUUUGUGUUCAUCUUAUGUGCCUAGUUCUGAACACAUAUGUAUCUCUGUUGUGUAUUUUUUUUUCAUUGUUGCAUGUUCCAGUUACAUAAGUACAUAUUCAAUCAUUUCCUGAUUAGAAUCAUAAUACUGUAAUAUCUGCUGAUGCAAAUAAAAAAAAUACCAAGUGACGUU